UAUUGACAUUACGUGCCAUGGAAUUGGAAACUGAUAAUAUCAUUGCUCAUCAUGUUGAUGAUGAUAGCCCAAAAAGAACAGGAACUUGGGUGAGUGCAAGUGCACAUAUAAUAACAGCAGUUAUAGGUUCAGGAGUGCUAUCUCUUUCAUGGGCCUUUGCUCAGUUAGGGUGGAUCGCCGGUCUCGUUUCUCUCGUACUCUUCUCCGCCAUCAAUUGGUACACAUCAAUUCUGCUAGCCGAUUGUUGCAGGGACCCUGCUUCAGGAACAAGAUGCAGCUGUUACAUGGAUGCUGUCAAAUAUAACUUAGGAGGAAUCAAUACCAAGUUUUGUGGGAUAGCACAGUACGUGAAUCUUGUAGGGACAACAAUUGGAUAUUCAAUCACAUCAGCCAUUAGUAUGGCGGCGAUAAAACGAUCGGGUUGCUUUCACGAAGAGGGCCAUGCUGCAGGCUGCCAUGUUAAGAACAACAUGUUCAUUAUUAUCUUCGGGGUAACGGAGAUCAUAUUAAGCCAAAUUCCGAACUUCAAUGAGCUCUCGUGGCUCUCCGUGGUUGCUGCCGUUAUGUCGUUCGCGUACUCUUGCAUCGGCCUCGGUCUCUCGAUAGCCAAAGUUGCAGGAGGGUCUCACCCUAAGACAAGCAUGACAGGGACGACAAUUGAAGUCGAUGUGACCAAAUGGCAGAAGAUUUGGAGCUGCUUUGAAGCCCUCGGCGACAUUGCGUUCGCCUAUGCUUUCUCCACUGUCCUCGUUGAAAUACAGGAUACACUUAAAUCAAAUCCACCGGAAAACGAAGCCAUGAAAAAGGCUACUGUGGUCGGUGUCUCGAUUACAACCUUCUUCUACAUUUUGUGUGGGGCUCUGGGUUAUGCAGCAUUCGGUAACGCUGCGCCAGGCAAUUUUCUAACAGGGUUCGGUCUUUACGAACCUUAUUGGCUUAUCGACUUUGCUAAUAUGUGCAUUAUUGUACAUCUUGUGGGAGCAUACCAGGUAUUUUGCCAACCGGUAUUUAAUAAGGUCGAGGACUGGUGCUUAAACCAAUGGCCCAACAACAAUUUCAUAAAAGAAAGUCGACCAAUUAAGCUCCCACUUGUUGGGGAAUGUACUUUCAGUACCUUCAGGCUUGCAUGGCGAACAGCUUACGUGAUCAUGACGACCGUGGUGGCGAUGGCUCUCCCAUUCUUCAACGGCAUUCUCGGUCUGCUCGGUGCCUUAUCAUUUUGGCCGUUGACCGUGUAUUUCCCGAUCCAAAUGCACAUAUCAAAAGAAAACAUUCGACCCUUUUGCUGGAAAUGGAUAUGGUUAAACAUCGUGGUCGUGGUUUGCUUGAUUAUUUCGCUUCUAGCUGCGGCUGGCUCCAUUGCAGUCAUACUUAAGGAUCUCUACACAUAUAAGCCUUUCACCUCUGUUUCUUAAUAUCUUCCAUAUUUUUAGUACAGUUUCGGAGAUAUUGUUCGAGUUAAAACAAUUUCGAACCGUGCACUUGUGUGUGUAAAUUGGAUAUCAAGUGGCUGGCUGUGCACCACUCCACGUGUUGGUCAUCGACAAGUUCGUCGGUUCAUCUUUCACGACAAGAUACUUAC